AUAGAUAAUCUGGGUAUAACCUAGAAAAUUCUAAAAUAUUUAUUCAGUUUUUCAUAUUUUUAAUAUUUAUUUUGAAUCUAAACCAGUUCUCUGAGAAUAUGAACUAUAACUGAAAUGAAGAAUAUGAAUAACUAAAUAAGUUCAGUCACUUGAGUUAACCAAAGAAUAAGUUCGUCUUUGUGUUAACGUUAUUCUUCCUUCUUUGUAAGGUUCAAGCUCUUAUCAUUCAAAAUGAGUGGAAUUAAAUUAGGUUCGCUACUAAAUCUAUUCAGCAAAGCUAAUUGUCAGAUAAGAAAUUUUCACGUAACUCCCUCAUUUUCUGGCAAGGGAUCAUCUUUGGAUGGUCCCAAAAAAUGGUUGGAGUAUAACAAAGUAGUCUAUCCACCACAGAGUCCAAAUGAAGAAAGACGACCUGCUUUCGUUUGUCAUCAAAGAGCAAAUAUCAAAUACAGCCCGAAGAAGAUGUGGUACAUAGCCUGUCUUGUGAGGGGAAUGAGCGUAGACAAAGCAAUAGAACAACUCAAGUUUGUAUCAAAAAAAGGCGCUAUAGAUGUUCGGGAAGUGCUGGAGGAGGCGAAAGAAUUGGCUGUUAAAGAACAUAAUGUUGAGUUCCCCUCCAAUUUAUGGGUUGCUGAAUCUUUUGUUGGUAAAGGUUUUGUCAUUAAGGGAAUGAGACGACAUGCUAGAAUGAGGGCAGGAGAAGUGCGCUAUAUGCAUUGCCAUUAUUUUGUCCGACUGGAGGAGGGUGAGCCACCUAAGGAAUAUUACCAAACUAUGGAAAGAAAGCCACAUGAAAUGUUAGAAAAUUGGUUGAAAGAAAUGAGAGCAAGAAAAAUCAACGGUUCUUUGUAAAUGAAAAAUAUAAUAUAUAGUUAGAUCGA